GUACAUGCGGAUUCUUUUUGAAUAAGGUGUAAUGUUAGAACUGGGUUUAGGUGUUGGUUUAUAAUGACGACUAAAUCUCCGUGCUCCGAAUCUGAACAGAAAGUCAAGGUGGUUCAGCUCAUAAAACAACUUAAAUGUCAGAAUGGAAAACUCGUAGAGGAAAACAAAAGCUUAAAGGAGGAAUUAGCAGUCAUGCACCAAAGAAUGGAGGAACUUGCAAAUGGGGAAGCUAUCCCAUCGCAUGAUCCAAACCAACCCAUCACCGUACUUACAGCGAAAAAUCAAAUAAUCAAAGAAAUGACGAAACAAAAUUUAGAACUUCAACAAAAACUUGAAGAAAGUGGGAUUAGUCGUGAAGCUGCAUUGAAUCAACAUGAGCAAGAGAUGUUGAUUACAAGUUAUCGGAAUCAACUCAAAGAAAAACAAAUUGAGAUCAACUUGUUGGUGCAGAAUUCAUCAGAUAAAAUAUUAUCUGAAAAAAUGUUAAAGCUGUCAAAAACCUUGCAACGAACAAUAGCGGUGAACUCAGCAUACACAGCGAAGAUUAAAGCGUUGCAGAAGGAAGUGAAGUCACUGUCAUGCGAUUGUGAACCAACACAAGCAACUGGAUCAAACGAAGACACCACAACAGUUCACGCAGUGUCAGGGGACUUUGAUGUUGCGUCUCGGGUUCAAGGGUCAAGCAGUGGUGACAUCAUACCUAGCCAACCUGAAGAAACGAAGUCACCACGAUCAGGGAAAAGUGAUUUGGGGCUCGGAGUGUUACGAAUGUCAUCAAGGGAAGAACUGGAUUUGGUACAGCGUCCUGAAUUUGAAAGAGUCCAGAAGGAACUUUAUAUUAUGGAGCAGGAAAAAAUUAAACUGGAGCAAAAGCAAGAAAUUCUAGCAAGUGAAAAUUCGAACUUAAAAGAAGAAUUAGAACAUUUAAAAAUGGAAAAAGAGAACUUAUUGCGAAAUAACCCAAUGCAAACGCAUGAAAGUUCAGAUGUUGGAAUCUACGAAAGCCAGCUAAAAGUUUUUCAAGAAGAUUUUGAAGCAGAACGAAACGAAAAAGAACAAGUGAUGCGACAGAACCAGGAUCUUUCGCAGAAGAUGAAAGAGUUAAUGGACACCAUACAGUCCACACAAGCCAACUCAACUCAUAAUGACCAUUUUCCAACUCCUAGACAGUUCCCAAGACAAACGCACAGCACAAGUGGCCUUCCACAGUAUGAGCAUCGUGAACCAAUGCAUCAUUCGCCAUCUGCACCUGGUGGUCUGCAACAUACACAGCAUCAACCACCACCGCCACCAAACUAUAGAGUUCCACAUUCCAAUGAAAAGGAACAACCUUGGGGUUUUCCAAACCAACCACAAUCCCAUAGAUUUGAACCAUCUCAUCAACCAGGAAACCAUAAUGCCCCGCCCAGGAGAAUUGGAUUUCCACAGCACCCCAACCCUAAUGCACCAAACGAGCCACAAAGUGUACCUAUCAACCCGAUGACCCAACCCAUGCCACGCCCACAAGGAAGACUCACAUCGCAAAUAUCACAGAAUUACAACCAGCAAGACCCUCGUAAAUUUGAAUACAGACCUGGUGCCGAUGCCACUGACCAUCAAAAACAUCCUUAAGAAUCCUGGUUUAUGACAUCACAGCCACUGUAAGUGACACUUCAAUGCUGAUUAUCUCUUCAUUUUUAUAUCUGUUAACUAUUAAAGCAAUUAAUGUUAUUUUUGUGUGAACGCAUUCACCACUUGGGGCAGCAGUGGGUGAAGGGUUUGUUUAUGAACAAUAGUUAUUGUUUACAAACAAACUUGUUUAUUAAAAUACUCAGCAGUCAGCACUAUUUUUAGCCAAAGUGGCACAAAAUAUUUCUUUAAAAAAU